GAAAAACGUGGUCUCCGAGAAAUGCGAGUUCUUGAAAAUUUGCAGAAUAUGAUCUGUGAGACAAAGGAGCACACUCUUCCCAAGUGCAGAGACGCGAUGGAGAGCGACCUGAAGGGAAUUCUCCAGAGACGAUGCCAGAGAGGAAAUCCUGGGCACAGAGAAAGUGGCUAUCUCCUGGGGACUGUGUUGCCAUUGAUGUCAGCAGCGUUAAUCUUCAAAGCAAGAUUGCAAGCAGCAAAUGACUCUGUCCAUAGACUCCAACGGAGAGAACAGGAACGAAGAAAGGUGUGGACACUGCCAGCGGCUGCAGCCGACGUGGAAUGACCUGGGAGACAAGUACAACAGCGUGGAAGAUGCCAAGGUCUACGUGGCCAAAGUGGACUGCACGGCCGACUCAGACGUGUGCUCCGCGCAGGGUGUGAGAGGCUACCCCACCCUGAAGUUUUUUAAGCCUGGCCAAGAAGCAGUGAAGUACCAGGGUCCUCGGGACUUCCAGACGCUGGAAAACUGGAUGCUGCAGACGCUGAACGAGGAGCCAGCUACUCCACAGCCAGAGGCAGCACCACCCAGAGCCCCCGAGCCCAAGCAGGGCCUCUAUGAGCUCUCGGCCAGCAACUUUGAGCUGCACGUCACACAGGGCGACCACUUUAUCAAGUUCUUCGCUCCGUGGUGUGGUCAUUGCAAAGCUCUGGCCCCGACCUGGGAGCAGCUGGCUCUGGGCCUUGAACAUUCGGAAACUGUCAAGAUUGGCAAGGUGGAUUGUACGCAGCACUAUGGACUCUGCUCAGAACACCAGGUCCGAGGCUACCCCACCCUGCUCUGGUUCCGAGAUGGCAAGAAGGUGGAUCAGUACAAGGGAAAGCGGGACCUGGAGUCACUGAGAGACUACGUGGUGUCACAGCUGCAAGGUCCAGAUCUGGAGGCAGGAGCCCCCGAGACUGUGGAACCCUCAGAGGCCCCAGUGCUGGCCGCGGAGCCCAUGGGGCACAAGAGCACUGUGUUGGCGCUCACUGAAGAGAACUUCGACAACACCAUUGCAGAAGGAAUAACCUUUGUCAAGUUCUAUGCCCCGUGGUGCGGUCACUGUAAGAAUCUGGCUCCUACCUGGGAGGAACUCUCUAAGAAGGAAUUCCCUGGUUUGGCAGAGGUCAAGAUUGCUGAGGUCGACUGCACAGCGGAGCGGGAUGUAUGCAGCAAGUACUCGGUCCGAGGCUAUCCCACGUUGCUGCUCUUCCGAGGUGGUAAAAAAGUCAGCGAGCACAGCGGCGGUAGAGACCUAGAGUCUUUACACCACUUCGUUCUGCGCCAGGUGAAAGACGAACUGUAGAGACCCUGCUGGAGACGCUGUCUGGCAGCCCAGGUAGUCGGCCAGACGUCUGAGUUUCCGUGGUGGUAACACAGAGCUGAAUGUACUGAAUUGUGGUGUCUUCUAGGUGUGUGUGUUUAAACCAACACACGCUGCGGAUUCUUAAGUUUCCUAAGUCAAUGCAUAACUCUUGGUCACUGUGCAAACUGAAUAUUUUCAGGGGUGAUCCAUCCCCUCUAACUUCCCUUGAUGAAAUUAAAUAGUUUCCUUUGAGACUAAAACGGAGUUGAGGGAAAUCAAACUGCUGGACUGUUUUUGGCUCCCAAGUGAUUCUAGCAAAAGCACCAUCCAAAAGCCUAGUAUUCUUUUUAAACUGCCCUGGAGUCUUGGAAGGGCGGCCCUGUGGCACCAUUGAUGUCUCUCUGAUCUGAAGGUCAUUAUCAACUAUUAAUAAUAGGGUUGGUCUGGAGCUUGGAACAGAUCUCAAAACAAAAACCCAAGCCCCUGGAAGAUUCCCUCAUGGGCCCCGCUGGAUCUUCUGUUCAUUCUCUCAGCGAGAGAGACCAGCCAUAAUGAAGGCAGUGGCACUUGUCAGGCCCCCGCCGUGCGUAUGGGCACUUGUCAAGUCCGCUGUUGUGCAAAGGAUCCUGCUGUGUUGCUCACAGGGUGAGGGAUUGCACUAGCUCCUAGUGUGAGCAUGCAGCCGAGUCUGUGUGCAAUGAAGGCCCUGACGUCUUCCCUAGAAAGGUGGCUGGUCCUGACCGUCCAUCAGCUCUUGAGAUUCCAGUUACAUUUGCUGCCUAGGGCAGUGGGACCAGACAGGCCUUCUAGGCCUGGUAUCCAGGGACCUCCAGCCCUACUCUGGGCUCUGCUUCUGCUCUGCAGUAGUCCUUUUAGCAGCUUGCUCUAUGUUGUCUGCCUUCCGCGAGGUCGACUUACAAUGUAUGGACAGUGGCACUCAUUGGGCCUCAAGACCGAAGACUGAAGUCAGCAGGGAUGUGCAGAUAUUGAUGCUGGCCUCCUAAGUCGUGCCAUCCUGGUCAUUAAAGAUUUUUACUGUCCCUUGGACAUAAGCAACUGUAGUGAUAAGACACGGAGCUGUGUUUGUUAGCAUCAGGUUCCUUUUUGUGAUAACCAUUUGGUGGCCAGUCCCCUUCCCUGCCUCCCGGGGACACUGGGCACCGUGCAGCUGGUGGGAGAAAGCUCAGAAACAGACCACGCCUGCGGUCUGGCGCAGGAGCUAACAGAGCAGCGUCUCGGCCAGCCUCUGCCUUAAAGGACAUCUUUAUUAGUCACGCGUGGCUCACAGAUGUGCAGGAAAAGAACCCAACUUUCUCGAGAAGGCCAGUGUCCCAAGUGGCUUCAGCUUCGAAUCAUGAGUCUUGUAUUCGGAUCAAGGUGGUACGAUUUGUUUACACUAUACUUUCUAAAUAAACUCUUUUUUUUU